AUGUCGGAAGAGUUUAAGGAUAUUCGAGUUGUUCUCGCCAUUGAUUUUGGAACGACCUGCUCGGGAUACGCGUAUGCAUACGUUGCGAGUCCUGAUAAGAUUAUAGUUAAAGAUAAUUGGGAUGGAAUCGUAGGUCGCCUUAAAUUACCGACCGUUAUAAAAUAUAAUGAUGAUUCCUAUGAUUCUAUCGAAUCGUGGGGCUUUUAUGCAUUAGCUCGUAAACCAUCAAAAAAAGAAAUAGCAAGGCCUAAGUUAUCAAAACCAGUUGAACGGUUUAAAUUACAUUUGUCAAAAUCUUUGAAAGAAAAACCCUUUUUACCUGAUGAUUUGAAUUAUAAAAAAGUCAUCACAGAUUAUAUUAAAAAAUUAUGCGAAUCAAUUAAAGAAACUUUAUCUAUUACUCAAUAUGUGGACUUACACAGUAAUGUGUCGAUUGUCCUUACGGUUCCGGCGGAAUUUGUUGAUAAUGAGAUUGCAAUAAUGCGCGAAUGCGCCUUUCGCGCUGGUUUGCUGAAGGAGAAAUAUAGUAAAAAUCUCCGAUUUACAACGGAACCCGAAGCCGCAGCUAUCUAUUGUUUGAAUUCGAUAGUAAAGGAUAAUUUAAAGCCAGGAGAUUCGUUUAUGGUUGUUGACUGCGGUGGUGGCACAGUAGACAUAACAACACGUGUACUAUUGGAAGACAACGAGCUUAGCGAAAUAACGGUUCAUGAAGGAGAUUAUUGCGGAUCAACUUUCGUAGACCAGGAAUUCCUAAAGUUUAUUGGUAAAAUAACAGGACCAUUCGCAAUUGAACAAAUGAAAGAACUUCAUUAUGCUCAAUUACAAUAUAUCGUACAAGAAUUUUGUAGACUUGCAAAAUUUAAAUUUACGGGAGAAGAAACUGGAUUUGAACCUUUUGAGCUUGAUUUGGAUGAAAUACCAGUAAUAAAGCAAUAUGUAGAAGGAGAAGAAAGUGAAUCAUUAGAAAGUUUGGAAUGGUGUAUUGAAAUUGGUUUUGAAGAAGUAAAAGAGAUGUUUGAUCCAGUAUUAGAAAGAAUCAUAAACUUGAUUAAAGGACAAUUGGAUCAAAUUGAAAACGAUUGCUCGGCUAUGUUCUUAGUUGGAGGAUUUAGCGAAUCUAAAUAUUUACAAGCUAGAAUUAAAAGUGAGUUUCUCGAGGUAUUUCCAAGCAUUUUUGUUCCAAUUCUUCCUAUUACAGCAGUUUUAAAAGGAGGUUAG